AUUACUUUGUGAAUUUAUGCUUUAGGUUUCACUUUUUCACAAAGUAUGCAACUUAAUUAUAAAACAACGAACACAUACCAUGAACAUGAAGAAAAAUUGAUCGGUGCUUCGGAUAUUUAAAUGUAAUAGAGAACAAUUUUCAAGGCUAAUUUUGUACAUUACCUGUGACUGUUCACAUCAUUUAGCGGCGUCUUUGAUGUGCAGCAUCAACAUUUAACUUAUUAUUUGACUGAAGUACACAAUAAUUUACAACAGUAUAUGGAGGAGUGAUUUCCAUCAAAUGAUAUGGAAGCGCAAAUAUCUCUUAAACAGAUCGUUAAUGAAAAUAAUCUGACAUUUUAAAAAAGAUGUUCUUCCUUUUUAGAUUCUAUAGAGUUCUCAAUUCUUACAUUGACAUGUCUCAACAAAAUAGUUUUGAAAUAAUUUAAAUAAGAAUAAUGUAUAGAAUUAAAAAAUAUUUACCUAUUUCUUCACCAUUAUCUAGAGUGUCCUCCUUGGUGCACUUCUUGUCUUGACUCAACAUGCAUGGAAUGUGAACCAUCGUACUAUUUUGCUGGUGACAAUUGUCAUCCUUGCCCAGACAGUUGUCUUAGCUGUACAGACCAGACUAACUGCACGAAAUGUAAAAUUUACAAGUGGGAAACUGGUGUGUCACAGUGCAUACAAGACUGUAGUAAAGAGUGUCUAAAUGGUGAAUGUCAUGAUGACACUGGAUACUGUUUACAUUGUGAACAUGGAAAAUAUGGACGAAAAUGCCAACAUAAUUGUAGUUUAUGUAAGAACGAUAAGUGUGAUUUAUAUAGAUGUGUUGAAGGAUGUAAAUCCGGAUACUUUGAAUACCAGACUUCUAAUGAUUACUUUUGUCAAAAAUGCUCAACUUAUUGUAAACAAUGUGAUAAUGGAACUGUUUGUCGGAUAUGCAACGACGGCUUUUAUUUGAAUGUAUAUUAUUACAAUGGCAAAACAAUUGUUAACUGUGCUAAAUGUCUUAAUGAAAAUGAAUGUUCAAAUUAUUGUUUAAUUCCGGGAUGUCAUCAAUGUAUAAUUUUUAGCAACAGGCCGAUGUGCGCAGAUUGUCCUGAAGGAGAAACAUUUAACGGAGUUUCAUGUGAACAAAAUGGACACCAUUGUACCCGCUGUCCUACAAACUGUGAUAAAACACUUGUUACAAUUAAUACGACAGCAACAUCAACGACAACAACACCAUGUACACAAAAUCAAGCAUCUGAAGAUAAGGUCAUAUUUACUACCAUCGGAUUUUUCUCUGGCAUUGGAUUUUCUCUUGUCAUAGUGGCAAUUGUUACAUUACUUUAUUUCAUAAGACGAAGGUAGCAUCUUUAUUGAAAUAUAAAAUAUAAUAAUCUUUAUGUUUGAAAGUAUUAAAAACAAGCUGUCAUAAGUUUGCCUUUCAAGACAGUUCUAAACUUCUUACCCUAUUCAAAGCAUCAUUAUAUAUUUUAAAGCUGUUAAAGUAAAGCUAUAUCAAAUGCAAUAUUUUCAUAAAACAAUUAAAAUGUUUUUCCUUAGUCUUAUGAACGAUUUUUGGAAAAGUUUAACCAUAGAACGUCACUGUUA